AUGAUUGCCUAUACUAAUGUAUUAGGCAACAAUGUGCCACUCAUGUUGAUAUUUCCAAGGAUCAGUUUUAAGGAAGAUAUACUGAAGAGUGCACCACAUGAAUCUAUAGGUUGUGCACUUCCAAGCGGAUGGUCCAACGUCAAUAAUUUUCCGAAAUGCUUGAAACACUUCAUUUCCCGUGAGAAACCAAAUGAAAAUGAGAAACUGCUGCUAAUACCUGACAACCAUGAAAGUCAUAUCACGGUGGACGGUCUUACACUAGCAAAGGACAAUGGUAUAAUCUUACGUAAGUUGCCACCACAUAGUAGCCACAAGCUUCAGUCGCUACAUGAAUCUAUCUUUAGCCCAUACGAAACUUUCUACAACACUGCAUGUGCAGGAUGGCUGCAGUCUCGUCCUGGAAAGCCUGUAACUAUUUACGAUGUUCCUGAAAUUGCAGGCUGA